AUGACUACAACUCAUAAAAAAAUUGCCAUAUUUUAUACGGACCAUGAUGAUGAGUGGACUGAUCCCUAUGGUAAUUUUGUUGAUAUGGCUCAAAAAUUAUUGAAUGAGACCAAAGACCACCCAUCAGACAUUGAAUAUAAGAUGUUUCACAUAUACAAUAAUGAAUUCCCAACAUUAGAAGAAUUGAGUAGUGUUGAUGAAAUGGGGAACAAUAAUUAUAUUGGCAUUUUCAUUACUGGGUCCCGUUAUGAUUCCUUCGAUCAAACAACAGAAUGGAUCGUUAAGUUUAGAACAAUGUUAGAUCAUUUAUUAAAUGACAAUGACGAAAAGAAACAGUAUCCACCUAUCGUUGGUAUUUGUUUCGGACACCAAGUUAUUGCAAAGACCUUAGGUUGUAAAGUCGAUAGAAACCCAUUGGGAUUUGAAGGUGGUGUGGUUCCAAUCGAACUUAAUGAAGUAGGUAAAAACAUAUUUGGUACAACCCAAUUACAUCUAUCUGAAGUUCAUAACGAUAUAGUGUUUGAUUUACCAAAGCAAGAUGGGUACAUGAACUGGGGGUCUUCAAAAAAAUGUAAUGUACAAGGUCUAUACAAAGAAAACAGAUUAUUAACAUUCCAAGGCCAUCCCGAGUUUGUUAAUGAAAUAGCAGCCAAGGGUGUUGAGAAGACAAGAUCUUCAUUGAAAAAUCGCAAUACAAAGAGUGUCAACUCCGAUGCAGAGUUCGAUGAAAUGAUUGUAAACACCAAGAAGUAUCAAAAUGACGGUAAACUGGCAUCAGGAAAAAUAUGGCAACUCUUUUCACAAAGACUAUAA